AACCGCACGGUGUCUUUGAUCAUAGCCAGUGUGUCAUGCUCGUGCUAGAGAACUUAACAUCGACGCCGGUGUCCAUUACAAGAUGGAGGCGUUGCACGCCAAGCCAUGCCUUGCUUCACUUCUUCCCACUCGACCUCUCUCCAUCUCCUUCUUACUAAAGGCAUGAAUGCCCAAUUACCGAAUCCCCGUUAAUCAAAGCCGCCAUCGCGUAGCAGCUCUCGCGCUCUUUCGGGCGCUUCUGACGCAAUGUCGUGCACUGCCGUCCACCACUUCAAGCGAACGUUCGCAGCUGCAGAAUGUCGUCCGCAACCGUUUCAAGGAGGCCCGCCGUGAGCAGAGCGGCCGCAGGCUUCGGCUACUCUUCGAAGCCGGCUAUGAAGCUGUCGACCACCUGGAUGCCGCCGUCUUAGCGGGCUCGGAGGGAAGCAAGGCUUACAUUCUGGAUUUGCUGGCGAGGGCGCCGGAGAAGGCAAAGCAGACGCCGUCGGUUACCGUUAGCGACGAAGUGUUAAGACAGUUCAACAAGCAGCUCAGCGCCCGCCCAGGACAAGAUACAACAGGGAAGCAGUCAAUGCUCAACCGUCCGUUGCGAUUGGACAAGCUGUCGGGCAAGAGGCACGUACCGGUCUUGUUCAACGCCCAAGGCAUUCCCGUCUUGCGCUUUAAGAAGCCUCAGCCAGAGUCAUUGUCGGGCUACAUCAACCAUCGUCUGCAAGUGAGGCACAAACGGCACGCUUUGCGGCACAUGCUCGAUGAUGCGCUGGAGAUGGCGAGGGCGGAGGAUGGGUGGGAUGAUCUGAUGCGUGUGUACGUCACUAAAGCUGGAGAGACAUCAAGAGGGGAACCAAGCUGGGUGCGUGAGUUGUAUCAAGCGAGGAAAGAGGUCAACGAGAGGUUGGAUGCGGAGAGGAGGAAGAACCAGAUGAUGGCGGAGAAGAUGCAGGCUAUUGUUGAUGGGGAGAGGCAGAUGGCUGAGAAGGAGAGGAGUAGGUGAGCUGCACCUCGCAAAGCCCGGAGAUUCAGUCUCGCACAUGCGAUGCGUAAUCGACAAGACUUGGACAGAAGGGUGAACAGAGUGUUAGUGGGAGUCGCAGCCGACCGCAGUGGCUUCCGGCUGAAGUAUACAUACUCAUAACGAGGCGCAUGCAAAGCUUGGCGGCCACUUGAUGCUACUCGUAGUAAGCCUGCCUCAAUCGUCGCACUUCAGCCGAGCUUAUCGAUCGCUACUGCUUGCCCUGAAAGCUCCCAACGCCCACCACCACUGCGUUGGA